AUGCAUCACGUCAGGUCAGUUUCUGCACGGACGGUCACUCACAUUACAUUUAUACACUCCUUCCUCUUCUCUUUCUCCUUCCUUCCUUCACAUUUGUCAGUUAACACUCUCUGUCACUCUUCCUCCUUCUCCUUCACCACAAUAAUGGAACUCCUCCAACCACCUCCCACCUUCGACAGCACCUGCUCCACCCCUUACGUCAGCGCCCCAUCCAGCCCCGCCGGCUUCUACUACAGCGCCCCCGCUAGUCCAAUGCACUUCGCCGCCAUCACCUCCUCCUCCGAGUUCGAGUUCUCCGCCAGGUUUGGCUCCGCCGCCUUAGCUUCUUCUGGUGCCAUGACCUCCGCUGACGAGCUUUUCCUCAACGGCCAGAUCCGCCCCAUGAAGCUCUCCACGCACCUCGAACGGCCACAACUCCUCGCUCCCUUGCUGGAUCUGGAAGGUGAGGAGGAAGAUGAAGAGGUUGUUGUCAGAGGUAGAGAUCUGAGGCUCAGAGACAAGUCUGUGAGGAGAAGAACCAGAUCUAUGUCUCCUCUCAGAAACGACACGCCUCUUGAGUGGGCAGAGAGUGAAGAACCUGAAGACAAACCAAAUCAAACCAACGACAACAACGUUGACAGCAACAAUGGCUGUUCCUCUGAGAUUCUGGAGAGUUCAAGGGACAAGGUAGUGGAUGAGUUGGGGUUGGGUUUAGCCUUGGGUUUGGAGCAAACUCCAUCAGUUUCAGCUUCAUCUUCUCGUUCUUCUUCAGCUGGAAGAAGCUCUAAGAGAUGGGUUUUCUUGAAGGAUUUUCUCAGAAGCAAGAGUGAAGGAAGAAGCAACAACAAGUUCUGGUCCACCAUUUCCUUCUCACCCAUCAAGGAAAAGAAGAACAAUCAUCAGAAUCUGCAGCAGCAUUCAAAGGACAACAACAAGCCUAGUGAGAAUCAGAGAAAUAAUGGGUCUUCUUCAACCAAAGGAAGCUCUCAAGGUUGGGCUAAGAAAAUGACCGGAAAACCCACCAACGGCGUCGGGAAGCGGCGCGUGCCGGCGUCGCCGCAUGAGUUGCUGUAUAAAGCAAACAGGGCACAAGCUGAGGAGUUGAGGAAGAAAACCUUCUUGCCUUACAGGCAGGGUUUGUUUGGUUGCUUGGGGUUCAGUUCAAAGGGUUAUGGAGCCAUGAGUGGGUUUGCUAGAGCCUUAAACCCUGUUUCAUCAAGGUAAAACAGUUUCAUGUUUAGGGUCUUCCUAAACUUGUACAUACAGAUCGAUCACUAUCAAUUACCACUAUCAUCAUCAUCACUAUUAUUAUGAUUAUUGUUUGUUAAUUAGAUCAUUUUGGAAUCGUUUAGCUUAGUGUGAUAGCUUUUAAGAUCACCCACCCCAUGUUUCCAUUAUUGGGUGAAUGAAAAAGUUUGGUUCUGAUGGUUCAAAUUGGAAGCCUAUGCUAAUAGGUUUCUUCUUCCAUCGCCAUCGUCCUUGUAGAUGAUGAUGCUGAUAAAAGCUAGGCACAAUCAAUGUACUAAGUGUACUCACAGCAUCACUAUUUAUACAGUUGCUGUGCAGUAACUGGAGUUUUUAUAUUAUUCACACUGUUCUUAA